UUUCCGGCUUUGAGAUGCCAGAUGUGAAUGCGCGCUUCCACGAGCACCGUUAAAUCGUGCUUUGUCAUGAGACUCGAAAUGUUUCGUGAAACGAUAGCAAAGUUUUUCGUUCAAUGCGUAUAAAUAAACAAAAUUUUAAAUCAAGUAAAUCGCAACAAGUUCUAGGGUAAAUUAAAAAGCAGUUGAAACUUUAAAGGUGUUUAUAAGAAUUGGCGUGUGUUGCAUGUGUCUCUCGGUGUUUCGGAAAAAGUAUAGCACUAUCUUCGACGUAGAAUUGAUUGUAACUUGUUAGAAACGUGAACGAAGACGUAGAUUAUCAAGUGUCGACAUGCCGCUUCUUCGUAAACAGCCGUUCCAACGUCUUCACGUUUCAUCAGAUUUUAAAGACGACGACGAAGUUUUCCACUGUGAGGUUACCAAUGAAAUUUUCAAGGACUACAAUGAAUUUUGUGAGAGGAUUAUUUUAUGUAACUCACUUAUAUGGUCAUGUAGUAUAACUGGCAGAACUAACAUGACUUUUGAGGAGGCUUUACAAUGCGAAGAAAAUGCAAAAAGAAGCCUUAAAGAAUUUCCUAUGGAGCUACGUAUACCUAUAUUAUAUCUUGCCAGUAAAACAAACAGAUCAUCUUUUAAGGAAAUGAUAGAGGAUGUAUAUCAAUUUGCAAGGGAUCGUUAUUUUGUUGGUGAAAUGGUUGAAGCAAGUUUUACAGAGGAUUCUUGGUGUGAUUGUCAUGUUCUUCAAGUUAUUGCACCUUCAGAACAACAAAUUAAAUUAUAUAAUAAAGAAAACAACAGUUUGUUACAUAGGAGCCCACAAGAACAACAGUAUCAUCCACCGGCAAAAUUAUUUCGUUAUGAAGUGGAACAAUUAGACUCUGGAGAUUCUGAUGUUAGUCAACUCAUGAUAGUGGAAGCAGCACAAGUGAGAAGAAGGAAACAACACUACAGUAAAGAACGUAAUAAAAUUUUUUUACGUCAGUUAUGUGAACAGAGUGAAGGUGGAAUAUGGGUUGUUAAAGAUAACGUUUUAUUAAAAUAUGCGAUUAAUAAGGUACGUUUUGAUACCAUAUUUGCUGGUCCUCCUCCAGACUUUACAUCACGUAUUAAAAAGCCUGUUAAACAUAAACAGGAAUCAAUAGAUAAAUUUCUUACCACAGAUGUAUCAAAACAGAAGUUAUUAGAAAAACCUAACCCUUUAAAAAAAGUGAAUCAAGGAGGAGUGGAUAUAAAAAAAUUUCGCAAACCAAGAAUGAAUGGGAAAUUUAAGGAAGACCUUAAGGCAAAAGCCCUUGAAGAAAAAGCAAAACGUAAAGAAGAAAGAGUAUUGCAAAAUGAACGUAAAAAGGAGGAAAAACAAAAAUCAGCAGCUUUAGCUGCAUAUAUAAGACAAUGGAAUAAGCCAAGGGAGGAUCUUGAAUGCGAAGAUCUUUCUCCUAUCCCAGAAGCUACGCCAGUCAAGAGUAGCAUACCUAAUGAAAAAUUUGGCGACAGUGUAAUGAUUCUAGAAUUUUUAGAAUUUUUUAAUGAAGAACUAGAAGUUAGUGCAUAUUUCCCAAAUGGUUUUACUUUAGAUCUACUGGAAAAAGCACUAUUAUUAAAAGAAACAUCUGGACCUUGGAGUGAUCUUCUACAAUUACUAUUAGCAAACAUUUUUAAAUAUCAAACAGAUGAAGAAGAUGAAAUUCAUGCUCAAGCAUCUGAUAUAACAAAUGAUAUUAGCACGAAUGAAGGAGCAUCAUCAAUGACAAAAGCUGUAAAACUUUCUACUAUAGCAUCUAGUUGGAGUCAAGUGCACCAAGGUUGCAAAUUAUCUGAAUUGACAUUAGAUCAUGUAACUUUAAGUGAAAUUCUAAGACAACACUUAUUGUGCUCUGGAGGGCGAAUUGGUGAUGUUGCUACUAAGUGGAGAUAUUCUCAAAGAGGUGGUUAUACAAAUCAAGAUGAUCCUGCACUGUUUAUGAGAAUAAACGAGACAUACAUUUUAAGAUUGUUAGGUCAUUGUAGUGUUCAUGAAUUUGAGUUAGGUGAAAAGUUAAAAGUAGCUACAUGUUUGAUAAAUCAGUUACUCACUUUCGCUUCGAUACGAGAUGUAAUAGAAGAAAGACGUGAAAAACUUCAUCAAGCAAAGAAAGAAUUGAAGUCUUUCUUAAUAGCCGAACAAAAGAAAGAAAAAGAAGAAAAAGAAAGAAUGAGAGAUCGAGAAAAAGAUAAUGAUGGUAAAAUACCAAAGAAAGUUACGCGUGGUAGUUGUGAAGAGGAAAAAAAGAAAGAAGAAUAUGAGAAUAAGUUAAAAGAACUUCAGGAAGCAUCCAGAGAUAAUAAAAUGAUGGUUUAUCUAGGUUCUGAUAGAGCUCAUCGUAGAUAUUGGAGAUUUUUAUCAAUACCAGGAAUAUUUGUAGAGAAUGAUGAAUGGUGGUCUGGUAAUUGCAUUCCUGAUGGUACACCUUAUCAACCAGAAUUAUUAGAUACAGAAGCUAUGCAUGCAUAUUUAAAAAAUAAAUUUGAAGAUGAAUUUAGUGAUAAAGAAAAUAGUUUUAAAAAAGCAAAAAGGUCUCCUAAGAAAGUUUCAUUCUCUGACAAAAAUAUUCUUAAGUCUCCAAGAAAAGAUAUAUCUCGGAAAGAGUUUAAACAAGAAUUAUUUGAUAUUAGAAAAAAUCUAAUGGCCUGUACAGGAGACAAAGAAUGUCCUGUGCAUUGCAAGAGAUCAGAACUAAAAUGGAGUUUCUUUGGAAAGCCGGAAGAUAUAGAAGCUUUAGUAAAUGGUUUAAGUAAACGAGGAAUUAGAGAAGGUGAACUCAGAAAUAAUAUUAUACAAGAAAUGCCAAGUUUAAAGUCUGUGAUUGAGGAAUGUCCUAGACAUAAACUUAAUCCUGAAGUAUUUUCAGAACCUAUCAAAAUGCAUCCUAAUAGGAUUUCAAAAAAGAAUAGAUACGAAAAUGCCAACUUAAAUUUUCCUUCAGAAAUGGCAGUCAAUAUUGUUUUAGAAUUGACUCUAAGAGAUUAUAUCCUAGAUUUUGAAGACAGAGUGAAAGGAGGGGCUUUGGGGAAUUUGAAAGUUAAUGAUCGUGAAAUAUGGAGGCACGCAAUAAAUAACAGGAAAUAUGAUAAACAAUGUGAUAAAUUAGUGUAUGGUACAAAUGAAAUUGAAGCAGAUAUUGUUUCUAAUACGUCUUUAGACAAAAUCAAAAAUGAAACAAAGCAUAGCAGACCUGGAACUCCAGAUUCAGAAGUUGGAAGUAUUAAUACAAAAACUUACAAAGAUGCAGGAAAAUAUUUAGGUCCACCAAAUGAAAAUGAAAUGCUCCCAGAUCCCAAUCAGCAGUUAGCCAUUAAACAAAUGGCUUGUGCUAUUUUACAGUUAUCUCACGCUAUUGAGCAAAAGUACUUACAAAAACCGUUAGGUGCCACUGAGAAAGAUAAGAAAUGGUUCGGCGAAGACAUCAGAGAAAAAUGGGAACAAUCACUUAUGGCAUCAGCAAGUUGGUCUCAAUUGUUUGUACACUUAAGUACUUUAGAAAAUAGUGUUGCAUGGAGUAGAAGUGCAUUAAAUGCUCAGUGUCGAAUAUGUAGACGACGACGAGACGGCGACAAAAUGCUACUAUGUGAUGGAUGCAACAAAGGACAUCAUUUAUAUUGUUUGCAACCAAAACUAAAUAGUGUACCAGAUGGAGAUUGGUAUUGUAAAGUAUGUAAACCACCUACAAAACCAAAAGAGAAAAUUAAAAAGAGAAAAAAAUUUGAAGAUGAAUUAGAGGAGGACGUAAUAUUAACCAAAGAAACUCGACAUAAUCGUGCAAAACGUGUUCUUGAAAGUGAGGAAGAAGGGGAUUCAGUUGAUGAAGAAUUAGAAGAAGAUAGUGAUGAUGAUAUGGGUAGUCAACAAAUAAAUGUGUGUUGCAUAUGUAAAAGCGGUGGAAAAUUAAUCAACUGCGAUACAUGUUCAAAUUUUUAUCAUGUAGAAUGUAUAGAACCUCCGUUAACAAGAGCACCUCGAGGAAGAUGGGUUUGUUCAGACUGCAAGGAUAGAAAGGACAGAAAGACAAACAUAAGACAUGUGAGGGGGCGUGAAAGGGAAAGGGACAAGGAGAGACUGUGCGCUGCAGCAGCACGCUCUCGCAUCCAUGGCUUUGCCAAGAGCCUCCUCACUACAGAAUCUACAGACUGGGACGAUAGCAGUACUUCAGAGGAUACAGAGCCAAGACAAACCAGAAGAGCAGCUAAAAGAGCUGCUGAAAUUGAACAAGAAGAAGAUAAGGGAACAAUUAAAGGAUGUAUAGGGAGACUGCAGGAAUUACUUUCUGACAUUAGGCAUCACAGAGAUUCGUGGCCUUUCCUAUCACCUGUUACAAAAGAUGAAGUUCCAGAUUAUCAUGAUAUUAUUUCCAAUCCUAUGGAUUUUGGUACAAUUAAAUAUAAACUUAAUAAUAAUGAAUAUGAAACACUGGAACAUUUUUUCAGUGAUUGUCAUUUAGUAUUUGAAAAUUGUCAAGCUUAUAAUGAAGAACACAGUUCUGUCUACAAUUACGUAUACAGAGCAGGUAUCAGAUUAUUGAAGUACUAUGAAAAACGAUGCAAAGAAUUAGGAUUGACGACACAUGGUGAAGAAUUACUGCGACCUCCAGAUACAAAGAAGCCAAAAUUCGAAGAAAAUGGUCUCGCAGUUAGCGAAGAUGAAGAAGCAGAAAAUAUUCAAAAAUCGAGAUAGAGAUAAAAUACUUUCUUGAAAUCGUUAUAUUUAUUAAAUAUCAAUUUUUACUUCUAAUACGUAAAUUAAAUGUACCUUGAUGCUAAAUUUGUACACUGAUGUUGAAUUGUGUACAGAUUCAUAAUUCAGCAAAAAAUGCUCUGUAAAGUAUAUAUUACUAAAAAAAUGGUUUCGUUUACUGAAAAUUAGAAAAUUACCGCAUAGAAUUUAUGAAAUUUAUCUAUUGAAAGAGGUGAUAAAAUGCAAGCUUAAAAGUAUUUAAAAUAUUUUCUUCUAUGUUAAUUAUCAAAUAUCCCGAUUAACUCUUUUUCUUAGGCUUGCUAUAUCAAAAAGCAUGCACAGUAUUAUUUGUAGAAUUUUACGCAUGGUACAAUUGCUCUCGCAUACCAUUUUGUAGAAAUUACUGUUUAAUGUAGAACAUUUUAUAAACAAAUGAACAAGCGCGUAAGCAAUGAACUAUUUUCAUAUGCUUGAGCCAGUACAAGAAUAGUCUUUUGAGUUAGUAUUAUUAUAAACAAAUUUUUUGUUAUCAAACAAAGUUUUACAUUAUAUUAUUAAUUAUUUAUUAUUUUAACGUUAUUAAUUUGAUUACAUCUUAUAUAUCUUUAUAAUUAAGUAAAAAAAUUUGGAGGGUUACCUAAAUAUAUUCUAAACUUUGAAAGAUUUGACUUAUAUAAAUUUCAUGUGAAAUGUUACACAUUACCUGCCUUUUAUAGUACGUCUAUAUGCAGUGUGAAGUACGAUCACGCGUAAUAUGACUGAUGGUUUAAGAGUUAAUACAUGCGUAACAGAAACUAAGAGCUUUUGUUAUGAAUCUUAAAGGCAU